CAUAAAUAGUUUUUUGAAGUUUGAUGGGGUGGGACAAUGCUGAAUCUUUAGAAUUGGGAAGGGAGCAUUGCCUGCCCCACUCCCAACACACAUGAAUUUUAAGUGGCAACUUGAAUCUAUAUGUUGACCGUUGAAGUUUGCACACAAUGCAAGAUCAUUCAUUAAACAUGUUUCUGUUUCUCUAAUCCCCUUUAAACUUAAGAUUACGGUCUGAGACUUUAAACAUCAUAGCAACGUAGUGCAAACUGCAUGCUUGUGAUAUUAGAUUUGUUUUUUUUAGGACAUGGUUCAGUGUGUGUUAGUUUUGGGCAGUUGGUAAAUUUUAGUGGCAUCUACUGCCCACUUUUCAAACUUACAAAUCUAGGUGUCCACUUUUAAUUUGUGAGUGUUAUGUCAAGUGUUGCCUUAGUUCAGUAAGAAAAAUAAAGACACCAAGGCAAAACUAAUUGCAAGUGUGUUUGGUUACUAAAAAUCGAGAUUUAACUUUUGCAAAUUGUUUUGCCAGUCUGACAAUUUUUUCACAAUUUUAAACUAAGGAUACUGCAACAAUAUGGGAUGUAUAAAAUACGGCACCACAGUAUUUUUGUUGCCAUUGAAUUCCAAUUUACAGGGUACUACAAUACCUUCCCUUAGUGUCGUGAUAAAACUUUUAACACUGGUGGUUACUUUUCUGUUGUCCUUGUCUAUUUAAGUUAUCUAUAGCUGCUGAGUAGCUUUCAUAUUGGUUUGAUUAUUCAAAUGAGUCCGUUCAAUUUCCUCCCUUGUACAAGAUCCUGUGAUCCAUUGAAUUGUUAUUUUAGGAUAAGAAAGAAUUUGAUUACAAAUUCGAGGUACAUGAAUCUUUUGUUAGUGUGCAGGUGAUGCACCAUCAAAGUCGAGUAAACUGGCAAUUGGAUACAUAGGGAAUUGUUAUUCGUCUUAUUAAAAUUUAAACUAAUGGAACUUAUUCUUGUAUAUUCUAAGAAAUUAAUGCAUUCAGAAUUUUUUGUAGACUUGAUUUUUGGAUGCUUGAUGCUGUGCUCAUCAUUAGGAGGCAAAUCAGUUGGUUUAAAAAAUAAGUGUAGUUUGGAGUCAUAGUACAAGUGCGUUAAGAUUAGGCAGCUUACUGGUUACUGGAAUAUGAUUCAUGUAACCAAAUUAUGGGUUGCUUAAUUCUUAAAUAAUACUGAAAAUAAACUAAAUAUAUUGCCCCACUGCAAAAUAAAAAGAACUUAAAUUUUCAGGUGUUGGGGGUGGGGGGUAUUCAUCAAAUAUUUACUUCCUGAGGAGGGUUUUAACGAUUAUAGACUGCAUUGAUAUAAAACAUGGACUGUGGUCAGUGGUUUUGUGUCAAAACUUUUGUCCUGGUAGAUCUAUGCAUUAGGGGUUCAAGACAUAGCACUGUCCUGAUGUGCAGUCGGUCUGGGAUCAGUCCCCAUCUGUGUGCCCAUUGGGCUAUUUCUUGUUCCAACCACUAACCAGUGGUCCACAACUGGUGUAACAAAGGCUGUGGUAUGUUGUAUCCUGUCUGUGUGAUAUGCACGUAAAAGAUUACUUGCUGUGUGGCGAUAUUGUGUUUCCUCUCAUCAUAUGUGAUUAAUAACCAUAUGUCUGACGCAAUGUAACCAUAAAUUAAAAUGUGUUAAGACUUAAGUGCAUCAUUAAAUAAAAGAUUCCUUCCUUGUCCUUUAGUCUGUGUAAAAUGAUAUCUGUUAAUUAUUCUCUGAUGCAUUUUACUUUGUUUUCUCAUUUGAAAAGGGUUUUUGUUUUUUGUCUCCAUAUUUAUGCAUUUUAUAUAUUUAAUAUAUUACAUUAUAUAUUUUAAUUAUAUUAUAUAUUUUUGUGUAUUUAUUUAUUUUUUUCUGUAGAUUCUGUAUUUUUUUGACGGUGAGAUUCAGGAAUCAGAAAAUAUUAUCAGAUCCAAUUUUUUUGCUGUCAUCUCUAGAAAGGUAUAAGGACGAUCAUCGUUUUAAUUUUUUUCAUGUUUUUUUUUUCUCCCUUGCUUUUUUCCACCAUGGAACUCGAAGAACACGUGAAAGGAUCGUCACCUAUAAUCAGAGAAAAUGGAAAGCAUGGAGAACAUCGAAAACGUCGAGCGGGACCCAGAGACCAACUUGAUUAUCAACUAUCUGCCCCAGACUCUUUCGGAUGAGGAAUUUCGCUGCAUGUUCCUGAGUAUUGGACCCAUCAAAUCGGCCAAGAUCAUCCGGGAUCGGACGACUGGAUACAGCUAUGGGUUCGGCUUCGUCGAUUACCAGACGAAGGUGGAUGCUGUGCGAGCUAUCAACACACUCAACGGGCUGCAGAUGCAGAACAAGAAAAUAAAAGUCGCUUUGGCUCGUCAGGGUGGAGAGAACAUCAAGGGGGCCAACCUUUACAUCCGUAACCUGCCUGUCCACUGGAAGGACAGUGAACUCAGUGAAUUCUUCCAGCCAUUUGGAGUGAUCAUUCAAUCGCGGGUCCUUGUUGACAAUUCGGGCAACUCGAAGCGUGUCGGGUUUGUUCUGUACGACAAGAAGUGUGAAGCAGACAAUGCGAUAAAAUCAAUGAGUGGGAAGCCACCCCACGAAGGAGCAGAACCGUUGUUGAUCAAAUUUGCCGAUGACAACUCCAAGAAGGUGAGACCCCCUGCGGUUCAGCAUGGUAUGGGUGCCUAUCAGCAGCCUCCAUUUAAACAGGUUCCGGGUCCGGGGCCCAUGCGUAACCAAGGCGGUCGCUUCCGCUACAACCCGAUGACUGGCCCCAGUGGGUAUGGAUCGGCUAGCUGGGCUGCUAACGGCACGGAACGCGGAAGUCGUGACGGUUACGUCCUCUUCGUGUAUAACAUUGGGUACGACGCCACCGAGAAGACCCUGUAUGAACUAUUCUCGCCAUUUGGAAGUGUGCUCAAGGUGAACGUCAUCUACGAUUUCAACAAGAACCAGUGCAAGGGCUAUGGCUUCGUGACCAUGUCCAGCUACCAGCAAGCUCAGUACGCCAUCAACUGUUUGAACGGCUAUUACUACCAGGGGCGACCUCUGCAAGUUUCACUCAAGACGGACAUGAACUGAUGAUGAACUGAUUUGUUUUUGGUGUUGACAAGUUGUGAUGGGAGGAGAUACGAUGUAUGAACAUACACAUUUUGCUGUUUCACUCAUAUCUUGUAUUUGGCUAAUGGAAUUGCAUCAUAUAGUUUCACCCUGUUUGUUUUUCUUUUCUUUUUUUUGCCAAGGGUGAAUUCGUUAACAUAUUUAGUCAGUGCUGAAAAUAAUAAAAUUUUCAGGAAUGUGACUCAUAGUUUGUGUUCACAACAGUAGUUGUACUAGAUCGGGGUCUAUUCCACAAAGCAAACCUAGUGUAAAUGCAUUUUUGGAACCAGCAAUCUUUCUGAAAUUGGAAUCAGAUAGUUGGUUUGAGUCAUUAUCCCAAUGUACAUUACAUGUUAUUUUUUAAACUGGUCACCAAUAACAGUUGUAGCUAUGAUUGCAUUGUGGAAUGGGGCCUUCAUCAAAUUUGUUUAAAGUUGCUUGGUAGUAUGUCUGAUUUUGAAAUAUUACUCAAAAUUUGAUCAUUUAAAAACCACUUUCUAGUAUUACACUACACACUGAAAAAUGUAAGCUACAAAAUAAAAUAUACAGACUACUGAACACUUUUAAAAUAUUUACAUACUGCAUUAAUAUGAACACCCCAUUGUUGCUUAAAAUUAAUUUCUGCACCCUUGUGGGUUUUUUUUUGUAAUGUUGGUGUAGAAGCCCAAACAAUGUAACAGUUCUUUGACCUGGCUGUAAAUAGCGUGAGAUGUGUUUUAACUAAUUGUUUUCACAUUGUAAUCCUAUCAAUAAUAUCACUUCCACUGUAUGUUUGUUUCCAUUGUUAUCAGAGUGUCAUACAUGACACUGUCAGUAGAUUCACUCACAUUUUCAUGAUUAUGAUAAAUUUAGAUGGUCUAUAAUUUUUGUCGGUAUAAUGUGUUGCUUUUAAACUACAAAUAAUUGAGCUUUAGGCACAAUCUUAUUAUAUAGAAAUGUGUUUUAUUUAUAACUAAAUUCUGACAGCACUGAGGGGUUAUCACAGUGAAGGAUGAGAGAUUAAUCCAGCUGUAAGAGGAUACAUAAGUACAGCCUAUAACCACACAUUUAACUAACAUGUAUAAUUAUAUAUCACAUUUAAGAUUUUCUCAUUAACUGUUUCGAAUUAUUGCAAAUUAUAUACCAAUAUAAGUUAAGAUUUCACACUAAAAAAAAAAAAAUGUGGUACCUUUAUAUUCAAUAACGUAUGAGAGAAAGAAAACUGACAAUGGAGGUAUUAUUACAUACGUAGACAAUCAUUAAGUAAUCACUGUUUUGUUCAGUAGGAGAUUUUGAAUACUGAAAACUUAUGUGCGUACUCAUAUUUUGAAUGGAAGCUUUGUACAUUGUGGCAACUGGUGCAUUUCAUUGGCUAAUCUGCAUUGAUUUGAGGAGUACUUAGCUGCUUGCUUUACGUGGUGAGAAACUGUUCGGCUCUUGACUCUGAGCAUAAAUGUUAGGGCACCUUGGAGAACAGCCACUCUUGUUGCAACACUUCAGGUAGCCUGCAUGCUAAUGUGCAUUUUACCUUUAUAAUAAGACCAUUAAAGGACCAUGGUUUUUCAUGGAUUAUUAUGGUAGUAAAUAAAUAUUAUUUCAUGAAAACAAUGAACACAUGUUCGUACAUGUAAUUUUGUUAAAUGUUGUGUUCAGUGUUGUGCACUGUUAUCAGAUACUGUUGAAGUACAUACAGUAUUAUUAAGAAGAAUGUAAAAGUAGAUUUUUAAAUCAACCCUUACAUUUUACUGGCAAUGAGCACUUGUUACAGAUGUUACAAAAUGUUGCCCUAAUAAUCUUUAAAACAUUCUUGUUGAUGGGCACAUCAUAAUAAUCUCACCCAGAGAAUUGCAACUGAAAUAUAGUAGGUUUAAAAUAUCUUGUGUUUUAUGGAAAUGUAAUACAAUGUAUUAAUACUAUCUACUAAUGGAGGUGUAUAUAUAGUGCAGACAAUUGUUGUCAAAAUAAUCUCGAUGCAUAUUUUCUGUUCUAAACUUUGUGAAGUCUUCAUCCUUGUGUGCUACUUAAUCAUUCUAUUGAGAUUGCCUGCUCCAAAACAGGUUGCUGGGUUGAAAGGAUUAAUAUUGAAGAAUGUCUCUGGAAAUGAGUAAAACAGUUUAUUCAGAAUUAUAAUUUGUGGUAACUUUUUAUUUUAUUUUUAUUUACUUUUUUAUUAUAUAAAUGUCUUCAAUAUGUUAUCAUUGUGUUCUUGAACCAUGUUGGGGACACCUGAACAAGACUAGAAUGGUAACUACGUAAAUAUACUAACGGUCUAAACAGUUUGAUCAUUUAGACUAGCAAUACAUGUUUAUUAUUGGUUUUACUUCUUUAUAAGGGUAAAUGAUAUGUUUCAAUGGAGGCUUUCUUGUUCACUAAAAUCCGUUGUUAGUGUUUUAUUUUUAUUAUUUUUCCACAUAUUUACUUUUUGAUAAUUAAUGGACAAGCUUGUCUGCUGUGUAAAUGUAUUAUUCCAUUCAUUUCAUAAAUUACAUAUACUGGAUGGUAUAUUAUAACUGGCAUUGUAAUGUUUUAAAUUUUGAUUGACUGCUACAUUCAUUAUUUUAAGCAUAUUUUAUUACUUCUCCAGGUUCCUGUUGUAUCAUUCAUAAAUUCUAUCAACAAGGGGUCAUUCAACAAUUGCAUGAGUAUUAGGUAUAAUGGUAUAACCAAUAAUUUUCUCCAAUAUAUUUAUUAAGAAAAAAAUAUAUAUAUACCCACCCCCCAAAAAAGAAAGUUCAAAUUAAAUGACAUGAAAAGAAGGUAUAAGUUGAAAAGGCUGGUAUAAGUUAGUGUGUGGUCUCGAGGUAUAUAUAUGUUAAUAAUGCCAAAUUUUCAAUUUAAUUGUUGAAUGUCUGCCAGCAGGGUUUUUCUUAGAACAGGGAAUUGAACAUUUUAACGUUUUCUGGAGGGUUUUUGUUUGUAAUUUUUAAUAUUAUUAUUUACUGCUGUACAGUGUAAACAGGGAUAGAUCUUUGUUCUCUGUACCAUUUUGAUGUAAAUAAAGAGCUGGUCUAGUUGGUUUAGAGGUGUCGUGGCUAAUCAAAAGAAGGGUUAAAUUAUUUCAACAUGUGACAAAUCCAUACUUACAAGUCCAUUAUUUGUCUUGUAAUUAAAACUGAUCUGUUCUGCCCCAUAUAAAGAGUUCCAAGAAAUUUAUACAUGCUACAGUCAGUGUCUAAAUUUGUAAACUGACUAAUUCACUAAUUACAUAGUAUUGCCUAAAUAUUUUAUUGAUAUUACAAAUCGAGUAGGAAAUCGGGCCAAGUAUUUGACAGUUCGACUGAAAAUAAGUUAAUAAAAAGAAGAAGAAAUGCUAAAUUAAUGUGUGUAUUUUUAUCAUUGUGUAUUUUUUUAAAUGAUAAAUUUACAGAUCUACAUUAAAUUCUUCUCAUUUAUUAUAAGGACAGUGUACAGGUAAGCACAUGCUGUAUGAUGGAAUAUGUUUGUUUUUUCUGCUUUAAUUUUCACCCUGUUGUAAUUUGAAAAUAUGUGAAAAUGUAUAAAGUUUAUUGAGAAGUAUGUUACAGUUACUGUUAUUUUUCUACUUUAGAGAGUGCUGGAAUGAUCCCGUUUUCCUAGAAUGUUAAGGGAGAAAAUUAAAUUUGGAGCAGAAGUUCUAUGAGUGAAACAGUACACAAAUUUACUGACAAGCGUUUUUUAAGACCUUGACUAACAUAACGCAAUAGAAUCUCACUGAGGUAUUCUUUUAACACAGCUUGUGUAGUUUUUAAAUAAAAAGAAAUUGAACAUUGGAUUGUUUUUGCAUUUUACAACAAAUCCAGAUAUUUUUGGGGAAAUUUGUAAAUUUAUGUGGAAUAAGUAUUGUGGUGCUUGCACCCAUAGCCAGAAUGUACAUUGAAAUUGGUUUAAAUUUUUCAUGUAAGUGAAGAUGCACGAUGUAACAUGUUCCAUUUUUCUUUUGUAGUAGUAGUAGUAGUACAGCUUGAUAAAAUCGUGUAUUAAAUACAGUUAUCAGUA